AUGGGUUUCGCACAACAUGAAAAUUUGAUUCUUAUCAAGAGUACCAUGCUGGUUGAAGGUAGAGAACCAAUUGAUUUUCCAAUUUUAGAUGCUGAAUCAAUUAGUGCCAAGAUUCCAGAAGGCUCUAAAUAUCGUAACACCCUUUAUUUCAAAGUUCAGAAUAAACCAUUAAAGAAUUUCAGAUAUCAUCAAGAUGUUAAAAAGGCGGGUUUAACUGUUAAAACAAGAGACCUUGAGUUUGGUGAUUUUGAACCAUCAGAUGAAAUAUAUUCAGUUGAAUAUCCAGAGGAUGAAACUCCAUCUGGUUUUUUUUCUAGAGGACAUUUCCUGGCUUAUUCAUCCUAUUACGCUGGUGAUGAAUUGUUGAUUUCUCAUCAAUGGUCUUUGGAAAUUUGUAAGAAGUAG